AUGGCAAUGGCAGCAUCAUCGCUCGUCAUCCCGCUCAGCUUCGUCUUCCUCACCAUUGCGGCAGCUGCCGCGCCGGCCUCGGAGACAGGGCACUUCCUGGGCAUCAGCUACGGCACGCUGGGUGACGACCUCCCGCCCCCGCACCGGGCGCUCGAGCUCGCCCGCUGGGCCGGCGCCGCCGCGGUCAGGUUCUACGACUCCAACGCCACCCUCCUGGCCGCGGCAGCGUCAUCCGGCCUCGGCUUCGUCCCGGGUGUCCCCAACGAGCUACUCAUCUCCCUCGCCGCCUCCCAGCGCGCCGCCGACGCGUGGGUCGCCUCCACGCUGCUCCCAUUCCGCCGAAACCGCCGCUUCCGCUACCUCUUCGUCGGCAACGAGGUGCUCUCAGACCCCACCACCAAGGACCGCUGGUCCCGGCUCGUCCCCGCCAUGGCCAACCUCCGCCGCGCGCUACGGCGCUACGGAAUGCGCCGCGUCAAGGUCAGCACCACGCUCGGUAUGGACGCUCUCGUCGGCCAGAACGUGUUCCCGCCCUCCGCCGGGGUGUUCCGCCCGGACAUCGUCGACGUCGCCGUGCGCCCGCUCCUCGCCUUCCUCGAGCGCACCGACUCGUACCUCUUCGUCGACGCGUACACCUACUUCACCUGGUCGGCGAACCACACCAUCGUGCCACUCACCUACGCUCUGCUCGAGCCAUCGCCGGCGCCGGGGUACCAGUACCAUGACCCCGCCACGGGGCUGUCGUACACCAACCUCCUCGACCACAUGCUUGACACCGUGGUCGCCGCCAUGUGCCGCGCGGGCCACUGCGGCGUCAGGCUGGCGCUGGCCGAGACCGGCUGGCCCAACGCCGGCGACCUCGACCAGUUCGGCGCCAACGUGCGGAACGCGGCCACGUACAACCGCAACGUGGCGAGGCACCUGGCGUCCGGCGCCGGGACGCCGCGGCGGCCGGGGAUGCGCAUGCCUUCGUUCGUGUUCGCGCUAUUCAACGAGGACCUCAAGGGCGGGCCCGGAACAGAGCGGCACUGGGGUCUCUUCUACCCAAACGGCAGCGCGGUGUACGAGGCGGACCUGACGGGGCGCCGGCCUGCGGCGUCGUACCCUCCUCUGCCUCCGGCGACAAACGACCUGCCGUACCCAGGGAGGCUGUGGUGUGUGGUGAGGACGGACCGCCGCGGGGCAGUGGCGAACGAGACGGCGGUGAGGGAGCAGGUGGCGGCGGCGUGCGCGGACGAGGCCACGCUGUGCGAUCCCGUCCGGCCAGGCGGCGAGUGCCACCUGCCAAACACGGUGGCCGCGCACGCGAGCUACGUCUUCAGCGCGCACUGGAACAAGUUCAGCAAGCAGUACGGCGGGUGGUGCUACUUCACCGGCCUUGCCGUGGAGACGACAGUGGAUCCCAGCCAUGGAUCAUGUACUUUCCCCGGCAUUAUACCAGGCUAAAGAGGGCGGGUGUUUU